AGAGUAGUAAUACUCAUAAAGAAGGGAAUAGUGAUAGUAAUAGAUCUGAUAAAGGCAACAUAUAUUAUAAAAAUGACAGAUAUGAUAAAGGUAACAGAUAUGUUGAAGGUGAUGGAUAUAAUAAAGAAUUUUGCUAUUCAUCAAUUAAAAGUACUCUUAAUUUAGAAUCAUAUUUAGAAAAAUAUAAUAUACAAGAAACAUUAUUAGAAAUUAAAACUAAAUACAUGCAAUCUAAAUCUGAUGAACUUGAAUUAUUAUUAUCUAAUAAUGAAUCUGAAUCACCUUACCUUAAUAAUGAAACUAAAACAUUAUCUUCUAAUAUUGAAUCAGAUUUAGAAUUAGAAAAAAUACUUAAAAAUGAUAAUAAAUCUGAAACUGAAUUACUUUAUCUUAAUGAUGAGCUUGAAUUAUUAUCAUCUAAUAUUGAAUAA